GGCAGGGCCUAGGCUGCCCCUAUGGGGACUAGGGCCGAGCUACGGCCAUCGUUGGGUCGCCCCGGCUCAGACCAUUAUCAACCCUACGUGUUGUGUCUUCGCUGCAGGACCAUAAUAGUGUCUGAACCCGCGUGGCACCAACAGAAAGCCCCAAUACGUACGUUUCGGAAAGAAGGCACACCUGUACUGCCCCAGUUUUGGGGCUUGCAAAUACAGGCCAGGGUUUUUAGUUUUCAAUUUUAUGAUGAAAGAAGAGUUAUUAGGGUUUAGGGUUCUUGCGGUGCGAGUAGAGUAUGAGGGCUAGUAGUGCUCCACCCUGCUAUGCUCCUCCCUUGCAAAAUCCUUCCUCAUGGAACAAGAACAAAACCCCGCCCAUUUGCCAUUUCACUCCGAAGAUAAAUGGAAAAUCUGCAAACGUGAGAAGUCAGAGCAUAUCAGUUAGGACCUCAACAAAAUGUAAAGUGAUUGAAGAAUUUCUGGCACUUGUUCAAUUUGGGGCCAUGCAUAUUACUAAAUCUUCUAGGUCCAGUAGAAAACCCCUUGUCUUCUAUUUACCCAAUCAAAAAGAUGGAACUGGGGUCAUUGAUCCUGUUGCUAUUGAAGAUGUGGAAACAAAGUUAGAGUCAGAAAACAUACCUAUUAUGGGGAUUGUUGCUAAGAGAGAAAACUUUAACUAUCGAGAACCUUUUAAUGGGAAACCUGGUUCUGUUUCUUUUUGCGGUUUGACUUAUCAACAUGUAGAGGAAAGGCAAUUAAUCUCCUCGCCAUUCAAGGAAGGGACUGGUUCCUUCCUUUGGAUUUUGGGGCCGGUUGUUUUGAUAUCCUCACUGGUGCUUCCUCAGUUUUACAUUGGGAAUUUUGUGGAAUCGGUUCUUCAGGAUGAAAUUUUGUCAGGCAUUAUAACCACUCUAUGCUCUGAGGUCAUGUUUUAUAUUGGAUUGGCGACAUUCCUAGUCAUAACAGAUCAUGUGCAGAGGCCAUAUCUUCAAUUCAGCUCAAAGAGAUGGAGCCUUAUCACGGGCCUCAGAGGUUACCUCCAUUCUGCUUUCCUAUCGAUGGGAUUCAAAGUAUUUGCUCCUACAAUGGCCCUUUAUGUUAUGUGGCCAGUGCUUCGUGUGGCUUCCCUUGUUGCAAUGGGACCUUUCCUACUCGGUUGCAUGGCCCAAUUGGCCUUUGAGAUUUAUCUUAGCAGAAAGCAGUCAUCUUCUUGGCCCCUUGUGCCGAUUAUAUUUGAGGUGUACAGGUUGUUUCAAUUGAGCAAAGCUGCAUUAUUCAUUGAAAAAAUCAUGUUUUUGAUGAGGGGUUCAGCAAUGUCUCCAGUGAUGUUAGAGAGAAGAGGAGCACUAAUAGCCACGUUGGUUGUCCUUCAAUUGCUUGUGGUUAAGGCACAAGAAAUCAAGAUUCCAAUUACUGACGAAAACUGCCAGCUGUUCAACGAGUAAGUGGAUGUCCACUGUUCUUCCAUACUCUCUCUCUCAUGGAAGAAAUAAAUUGCAGGAUUUUAUGGUGGAAUCCAAAGGUUUGAAAGGGAGGAAAAUAGCGAUGAUAGAGACAGUGAUGAAAGAGA